ACUCAUCCAAUGGCUCCACCUCUCAUCACAAACAAGGCCUCAGGCGGCUGCCUUCUCUUCUUCCUCCUAUUCUCUUCAUUCUCAGCCCUCUCGUUCGCCUUAACCGAUGCUGAAGUCGCCUUCAUAGCUCACCGCCAGCUCCUGACUCUCCCGGAGGGCGGUGACCUUCCUGAAAACUAUGAGGUUCAAGUGGAUGCCAAGCUCAACUUUGAAAACAACAGGCUCAAAAACGCUUAUGUUGCUCUUCAGGCCUUGAAGAAGGCCAUCUUCUCCGACCCUUUUGGCUUCACAGUCAAUUGGGAAGGUGCAAAUGUUUGCUCCUACAAAGGGGUCUUCUGUGCACCGGCGCUUGACGAUGAAAAACUGACCGUUGUGGCCGGUUUGGACCUGAAUCAUGCCGACAUUGCUGGCCAUCUCCCUGUCGAAAUGGGGCUCUUGACUGAUGCUGCUCUCAUCCACCUCAACUCCAACAGGUUCUGCGGCAUUAUCCCACGCAGCUUCAGGAGACUGAUACUUAUGCAUGAGUUUGAUGUCAGCAACAACCGCUUCGUCGGCUCCUUCCCUGUGGUGGUCCUCGAAUGGCCUAGUUGCAAGUACCUUGAUCUCCGGUACAACGAUUUCGAAGGGGAGCUGCCUCCAGAGCUUUUCCACAAGGAGCACGAUGCCUUGUUCUUGAACCACAACCGAUUCACAUCAAUAAUUCCAGACACCUUGGGCCACUCCACGGUUUCUGUAGUGAAUUUUGGGUUCAACAACUUCACUGGUUGCAUACCACGAAGCAUUGGGAACAUGAAAAAUCUGAAUGAGAUUAUUUUCAUGAACAACCAACUUGGGGGCUGCUUCCCUCCUGAGAUUGGAAACCUUGGAAAUCUGCAGGUUUUUGAUGUGAGCAACAAUGUGUUUAUUGGUUCCUUCCCAAAGACCUUCUUGGAGCUCCGCAGCAUAGAGGAAUUGGCUGUUGGGUACAACAGGUUGACAGGGUUUGUGACUGAAAAGAUUUGCUCCUUGCCUAAGUUGGCCAAUUUCACAUUUGCUUACAAUUAUUUCAGUGGAGAAGCUCAGAAAUGUAUGCCAAAUCCCAAACGUGAGGUGAACUUUGAUGACACGGGCAACUGCAUGCCUGGCAGGCCCAAGCAAAAGAAUACUAAGACUUGCUUCCCAGUGGUCACUAAGCCUGUGGAUUGCAGCAAGCAUUGUGGUGUUGGUUCUUCAACCCCGGAUAAGCCAAAGACACAGAGGCCUCAACCACCUCAGACGCCAAAGACCGAGAAGCCUCCGACACCCAAGGCUGAGCCACCACUGACACCAAAGGCGGAGCCACCUUCCAUGCCUAAAGCCGAGCCACCUCCCACACCUAACGCGGAGCCGCCUCCCACUCCCAAAGCCGAGCCACCUCCCACGCCAAAGGCCGAGCCACCACCCACGCCAAAGGCCGAGCCACCUCCCACACCCAAGGCCGAGCCACCACCCACGCCAAAGGCCGAGCCACCUCCCACACCCAAGGCCGAGCCACCACACACGCCAAAGGCCGAGCCACCUCCAACACCAAAGGCCGAGCCACCUCCAACGCCAAAGGCUGAGCCACCACCCACACCCAAGGCCGACCCACCUCCAACGCCCAAGGCUGAGCCACCUUCCACGCCAAAGGCUGAGCCACCUCGAACACCAAAGGCCGAGCCACCACGAACACCAAAGGCCGAGCCACCUCCCACGCCAAAGGCCGAGCCACCACCCACGCCAAAGGCCGAGCCACCACCCACGCCUAAGGCCGAGCCACCUCCAACACCCAAGGCCGAGCCACCUCCCACGCCAAAGGCCGAGCCACCUCCAACGCCAAAGGCCGAGCCACCUCCAACACCUGAGGCCGAGCCACCUCCAACACCUGAGGCCGAGACACCUGAAACACCUGAGGCCGAGCCACCCCAAACACCAGAGGCCGAGCCACCUCAAACACCAAAGGCCGAGCCACCACCAACACCAAAGGCCGAGCCACCACCGACACCCGAGGCCGAGCCACCCCAAACACCAGAGGCCGAGCCACCUCAAACACCCAAGGCCGAGCCACCACCAACACCCAAGGCCAAGCCACCACCCUCACCCAAGGCCGAGCCACCACCAUCACCCAAGGCCGAGCCACCACCCUCACCCAAGGCCGAGCCACCACCAUCACCCAAGGCCGAGCCACCACCAUCACCCAAGGUCGAGCCACCACCAUCACCAAAGGCCGAGCCACCACCAUCACCCAAGGCCGAGCCACCACCAUCACCCAAGGUCGAGCCACCUCCCACGCCUAAGGCCGAGCCGCCUCCAUCACCAAAGGCCGAGCCCCCCCAAACACCCAGGGCCGAGCCACCCCCAACACCAAAGGCCGAGCCCCCACCAACCCCCAAGGCCGAGCCACCACCCACACCCAAGGCCAAGCCACCAUCCACACCAGAGGCCGAGCCACCCCAAACACCAGAGGCCGAGCCACCCCAAACACCAGAGGUCGACCCACCUCCCACACCAGAGGUCAACCCACCUCCCACACCAAAGGCCGAGCCACCUCCCACACCAAAGGCCGAGCCACCACCGACACCAAAGGCUGAGCCACCUCCCACACCAAAGGUCGAGCCACCUCCCACACCCAAGGCCGAGCCACCACCGACCCCAAAGGUUGAGCCACCUCCCACACCCAAGGCCGAGCCACCUCUUACACCCAAGGCCGAGCCACCUCCAGCACCUGAGGUCGAGCCACCUCAAACACCUGACGCUGAGCCACCUCAAACAUCUGAAGCUGAACCACCUCAAACACCUGAGGCUGAGCCACCUCAAAUACCAAAGGCUGAGCCACCACCAUCACCAACACCUUCACCUGGACCAGACCCAACUAACACAUCUCCGGUGCCGAAGCAUUCACCUCCGCCACCAUCUCCAGAGCCAGUGCAGUCACCUCAAUCACCGGUAUUCUCUCCACCACCACCAGCAUCGGUCCAUUCCUCGCCGCCACCUGUUCAGUCCCUACCACCUCCAGUUCAAUCCCCACCCCCACCAGUCCAAUCCCCACCACUACCAAUUCAAUCCCCACCACCACCGGUCGAAUCACCUCCACCACCAGCUCCCACUCCAUCUCCUCCUCUACCUCCUCCUGCUCAGUCUCCACCACCAACCGAACCGGACUUCGUGCUGCCACCAAACUUUGGCGCACUUUACUCAUCCCCACCACCUCCAAUGUUCCCAGGCUAUUGAGUACUAGUUUAUCAUUUGACAUGUUUCCCAUAUUUUGUAUUUUUUUUAGUUUUUCAAAAACACCUUCUACACACACUCGCUUUGUAACUUGGAGAAUCUUAUUGAACAAUGAAAUUUGAAAUUUGAACUACCUUCCAUUA